AAGCAGACACAAAAUGGUUCGAACCUGCUCGAACUGCGGAAGUUCUGAAAUUGAUGAGGAUGCUGCUAGAGGAGAUGCUACGUGCACUGCGUGCGGAACUGUGCUCGAAGAAUCCAUUGUCGUAACUGAAAAUCAAUUUCAAGAGCGAGCUGGUGGAUCAGGUCACACUCUAGUCGGUCAAUUUGUGUCCUCAGAGCGAGCUGCAGCUAACAAUUUCAAUGGAAUGGGAUCUCAAGAAUCUCGAGAAAUGACGUAUGCAAAAGGCCGGAAAGUUAUUGAUGAGCUCGGCAGUCAGUUACGAAUAAAUUCACAUUGUAUGAACACUGCAUUCAAUUUUUACAAAAUGUGCGUAUCUCGUAACCUGACACGUGGACGUAAUAGAUCAUCCGUUGUUGCUGUUUGCAUGUAUAUAACUUGUCGACUAGAAAACACUGCUCAUUUGUUGCUCGAUUUCAGUGAUGUCACUCAGAUUAAUGUCUUCGAUUUGGGAAGAAACUUGAACUACCUUUCUCGUUCAUUGCGUAUCAAUCUCCCAUCCACGGAUCCUUGUCUUUACAUUAUGCGAUUCGCAUGUGUUUUGGAUUUUGGCGACAAACAGAAAGAAGUUGUGAAUUUGGCGACAAGACUAGUACAAAGAAUGAAAAGAGAUUGGAUGUCUACUGGAAGAAGACCAACUGGAAUCUGUGGAGCUGCUCUUUUAAUUGCUGCAAGAUCUCUUAAUUUCAAUCGAUCCAUUAAUGAUAUCGUUCGUGUUGUACACAUCAGUGAAGGCGUAAUCAGAAAACGUCUCGAUGAAUUCAGUCAAACCCCUUCGGGAAGUCUUACGAUUGAUGAGUUUUCAACUGUUGAUCUAGAACAUAGUGAAGAUCCACCAGCAUAUCGAGAAUCACGACGGAAAGCACGUGAGGAUCAAUUGAGAAAAGAGGCUGAGCAAGCAGAAUCAAUGAAAGAACAACUAGGAGAAAUGGAAGCUCACGUUGAAGCUGCACUCGAUAAGAAGAGGAAGGAAAAGUUUUCAAAAAGUCCAUAUGCACGAAUGAUUAGUGAAAAUCUAGGGUUGGAAAAAGGAGCUGAUGAAAUGGUACGAAAUGAAAUUAUCAAUACAGUUUUCAACGCUGCUGAAGAAGAUCCUUGCACCUCGAACUCAUUGGAAAAAUAUGAUAAGUAUCGUCCUUCGCUGGAAUCUCUUGGAAUAAAAAGAACAUCGGAGCCAGAACCCGAACCCGUCCCACAUCCAAUAGUUAAUGCCGAUUUAGAAGAAGACAUCUCAGAUUCAGAAAUCGAUUCGUACAUUCUGACGGAAAGUGAAGUAGCCAUCAAAACAGAUUAUUGGAUGAAAGCAAAUGGAGAAGCAAUGAAAGAGAUUGAAGAGAAGAAACGCGAACGUGAAUUGAAUGGUGGAGUAAAGAAGAAGAAACCGAGAUCCAAUCGAAAAACUGACACCACGUCUACAUCUGUUGCUAGUGCCGUUGAGAAAGUUAUUGCGGAGAAGAAAUUAUCGAAUAAAGUGAACUACGAGAUGUUAAAAGAUUUGGAGACGAUGGCGACUGGUAUCAAGAGAGAUAUACGUGAAUCAACUCCGGCUCCAGUCACUCCAAUUUCAAUCAAAGUUGAUUCGUCUGACGUCACUCCCGAUACCUUAUCUAAAAGUGAAAAAAUAGCGAGAGGUAAAAAUAUACGAUCUCAAGCCAGCGAAUCGACAAUCCAAAAGUUGAGAAGUAUUUUUGAUCUGACAGAAGAAUGCUCUGAAACUAGCAAAAACUCAUCACCGAAGGUUAAUUUGAAAGUUGAAUCUGCUAGUCCAUCAACUUCUGAAGUAUCUUCAAUCGAACAUAAACCGUUUGUACCACCCGCUAGAUCCAGAUAUGCCAAAGUGAAGCCGAUUAUUGGAGCUAAAAAGCUUGCAGCUCUAAACGAAGUCAAAAAUGUCCAUACAGUUCCUGAACCAUCUGCACCAGCGGAGCCAAUCGUUUCUGAAGCACCUCUACAAGUAAAAACAUCAUCUUCUGAUCCUAUCGUUACGAGCACAGAGGUGCCAUCCGUCGCUGAGCCACCAGCUCCAAUUCAAAAUGUAGAAGAAGCAAAACCAAUUGUUCCCGUCAAAUCAAGAUAUGCAAAAGCAAAACCAAAUUUGAAACCGAUAAAGCAGAAGACUGCCGUCGACGUUGUCACUGUCGGAGAGGGAGAAUCCAGUGAACCAUCGGCCAAGCGCACUAAAGCAGAGCAUCUUGAAUCCUAAUUUGAACUAUCUUGCAACAAUCCUCCAUUAAACAAUUUAUUAGCCACUAAAACUGCACUCUCCCCGCUCUAGUUAUUUCGACUUCCUUUUUAUGAAAAUACAGGUUAAUUUUUUUCUAACACGAAUCGUUCUCAGGCUUCCACUUUCUCAAUUAUUGUUUCCUUCAGUUGUUCUGCGUUCAAAAUUUGUUCAGUUCUUCGACUUUCAAAUUUCGAAUGCUGUUGUUGUUUCUAUUAUAUCCAUUCUGUAUAUGUUUAAUUAAACUAAAUUUUUCUCGUUUUGAUUUAUCUAUAAAGUAACAAGCAAAAACAAUCUAUGGCUAAGAACAUUUUUAAAUUUUAGAUAAACUUGUUCGCCAAUGCAA